ACGUUCAGAUUCUCAGCCUACUGGAGCACAUAAAAAACCAGCAAGACAUACUAGUUGCCCAGGUGAAGUACCUUACCAGCAGGCUUCAGCCAACUGCCCAGGACAUCGACAUGCCUAUCCCAGUACAGUUUCCAUUGACAUCAAUGGAGGAAGUGGAAAUUUGGGAGGACUGGCUUAAAGAUCCUGCAAAUUCUCAACUAAAGCAGAAUUUGAGUUCCUCCCUGGCAGCGAUUGGGGGCCACGACACCAAACGUGUUACAUGGAACAUCCUGGCCCACAUGUUCCAUGAUGACAUUGGGAAGCUGAUCAAUUGGAAAGGUGUCAAUGGGAAGAAGUCUUUCAGCCAGAUGGCAUCAAAGACAUUGGUCCUGAAUUCUGUACGAAAGAACACCGUCGCCCGUGCUUCUACAGAACACGAAGUUUGCAAGCAUGCAAUCAGAUGGUUCAAUCUGGCAGCAGAUAGGGGCAGCUCCAGAAGACGUACACAGGAAGUUCAACCUGCUGACCACCACACAUCCUCAUAACAUCCCAGAACAAGGUUUUUGUAUUGUUUGUACGAGUGUUUGAACUUUUUUUUCUUUUGACUUUUCAUGUAACUGUUGUUCUUUUUAUUAAAUACAUUGAUUUUCAUCACAUUUUUCAUGCUUUUUGUAUAACUGCCUUCUUAUUGACCGCCUAGAGUGGUGUUUGUCAAUUUGGUGUCUGUGCUACCUUAUUACAGACCAGCAGCAAUACCAAUUGCUUCAAAGCGCAGCCUAAGAACUUGUUUACUGCUAAUGAGAACCCAAUAUUGAUACUUUUGCAGCAUCACCAUAAAAGUGUUUUUAUGUGUUUAAAGUUAAACUGGAGGUUUUCUGAUUUUUAUAUAGUAAUCUAGUUGGUAUGCUACUUUUUGUCUGUAUCUAUCUUUGGUCCAAACCCAAUCCAAAUCGGAUCCGGGCCAGAUGACGUGGGGAAUGAACGGAUCCAAAAU